AUGGCGGAGACCAUAGCAGACACCUGGCGGCUGAUCACCAAGCCGCAGAACCUGAACGACGCCUAUGGGCCGCCCAGCAACUUCCUCAAGAUCGAUACAAAUCUUCCUAUCUUCAAGCUGAAGGAAUCUACUGUUAGAAGAAGAUACAGUGACUUUGAGUGGCUUCGAAGUGAACUAGAAAGAGAGAGCAAGGUUGUAGCUCCCCCACUCCCUGGGAAAGCGUUUUUGUGGCAGCUUCCUUUUAGAGGAGACGAUGGAAUAUUUGAUGACAAUUUCAUCGAGGAAAGGAAGCAAGGGCUGGAACAGUUUAUAAACAAAAAAAAAAAACAUCCUCUGGCCCAGAAUGAACGUUGUCUUCACAUGUUUUUACAGGAUGAAAUAAUAGAUAAAAGCUAUACUCCAUCUAAAAUAAGACAUGCCUGAGUUUGGAAAGAAGAGGCAAAACGAGACCAUUAAUGAUUGCUCCACACCAAUGAAGAAGCUGUAACUAACUUAGCAUGCUGCACGGGCGCUGCUCUAACACGCCCUGGGUGUUCUAACACUCACAGGCUCCCUUUCAUUUUGUUUUGUUUUGGCAGUUGACAAGAAGUUUUUCAUUUGCUUUAGUGAAAACUCCCUCGUUGAGCCUCUCUACCUAACUCUCCUUGUUGCGUCCCUAUACACAUG